AACUUUUCAUGAUUAUACUAUAAUAGCAAAUAGUCGUGAACUAUUCCAAAAGUCAUAACCAAUAUCCAUCCCCUCGAUUGCCUGUCAUAACCAUGCAGUUACAACAAACAUGGGAUUCUGUCUGUCUGGAUGUAUAGAAACAGUCAUUAGCAGUGGAAUCGGCCACUUCACCUAGUUGUAGCGGGGAGCGGGGAUUCCCCAUGGCCAACGCACUUAUGACGCGGCGCUUAUUGGAUGCAAAUCUAUAUGCCGUGUGUACGUUAUAGCUACGUUUACGCUUGAUGCUAGACCGAAAGCUUCAUGCAGUCUCUGAUAUCGACGGUGGUUCCGCUGAGAUUGCAUCUGGCUCCACUGACCGCCUCUGGGGAAUGUCAGUUUUAUUAAAGAAAUGACCCAUAUCAGACGGUUAUUUCUGUCUAGCUUGAUGCUUGCCCUUACUGCUGGUAAAUCGAUCUUUGGGCCGCUGAAGUUUGGCUGAUGCGGUGUUUUUCUAGACUUGACCCACGACGUGGAAGAACGAAUCCAUUGAAGGGUUUUUUGUUUACGACACGGAAUAAACCUUGUAGACCUUAAUCUGCUGUCUACGUCUCAUCAUUGAUACUAUCCGGCCCCUAGCAAGGUCCAACCCCCACCCACGACACCAAGAUGAGAGCAGAUGAGCAUAUGGGCAAAUUAAGAAUUUUUUUAUGUGACUAUAUGGUUCUCUUGUUAAUUCACAAUUUUUAGACGUUGAUUAAUUUGCCUCAUCUUUGAAGGAACAUUGCCAAUACUCGAUAGUAUUCUCAAAGCUGAGUGCAGAUCGAUGGCCAGAUGAGAAACGAACAAAAGGAAAUAGAUGUAUGAUGUAGCUCAGAAUGUCCAUGUCAUGAUGAUUACGAUUAGAAUCUACGUCAAUUUAGACUUUACAGAGAGAUGAAGCAGAAUUAAAUAAGAGUUAAGGAGUGGGAGACACCAUGGAGGAUAAUUGUAUCGUGAUUUAUGAUAGUGAGGAUGAGGGAUCCCCUUUAACUGAAUCCAAAAGGGACAGCGUAUCCUCAGACACUGGCUGUGUCGACCCUCAAGAUAUUCCCUCAAACUCGGCCAAGGAUUUGCAGGAUAAUGCCUCAAACUCUGAUUCAGAUUUACCAGAUAUUUGGGGCAGUGACAACGAAAGCCAUAAGGAUGAUGAUGUCGGCAGAGAUUUGCCAUCCACAAGCACUGGGAGGGUCACAGCGUCACGAUGUGGGAAAAGGCAUAUUGCAAUAAAGCAGGAAUAUACCUCACUGCCACCAGCGGGGAAAGGUAGUGCAGUUGAUUCUGAGUCUGAAGUUGAGGAAGAGGAACAAUUCGGUGGUAUUGGAGAGAACAGUUCUGAUGGUGAUUAUAAUGAUGAAGAACAGUUUCAAAAUCAAAUACAUCAGAAUGAGACAGGAAAUAUUAGUGGAAAGGUUAGUGAUCAUGGUGAUGCAAGUGACAGCAGUGGCGACGUAAUGACCCUGGGAGUUUUUUUGAAGGAAUCUCAGUCUUACAGUCAAGUAGAGCCUGUAGAAUGCAAGUUUGAGGAUAGGCCUUGGGACUUACAUGUAGAAGACUGCGGCAGCCCAGAUGCUGUUCAAUCUCGGGAGUCACCGUUGCCUCCGGUUUCAUCACCCGGAUCGGCCAGUUCCAUUCCAUCUCGAGAAUCGCCGUUGCCUCAGGUUUCAUCACCCGUAUCGGCCAGUUCCGUUCCAUCUCAGGAAUCGCCGCUGCCUCAGGUUUCAUCACCCGUAUCGGCCAGUUCCAUUCCAUCUCGAGAAUCGCCGUUGCCUCAGGUUUCAUCACCCGUAUCGGCCAGUUCCGUUCCAUCUCGGGAAUCGCCGUUGCCUCAGGUUUCAUCACCCGGAUCAGCCAGUUCCAUUCCGUCUCGGGAAUCGCCGUUGCCUCGGGUUUCAUCACCCGGAUCGGCCAGUUCCGUUCCGUCUCGGGAAUCGCCGUUGCCUCGGGUUUCAUCACCAGGAUCGGCCAGUUCCGUUCCGUCUCGGGAAACGCCGUUGCCUCAGGUUUCAUCACCCGGAUCGGCCAGUUCCGUUCCGUCUCGGGAAUCGCCGUUGCCUCAGGAUCACAUUUCAUCAGGUGUUGUCAGAUCCAGCGACUGUGAAGCUGAUGAUGCCGUUAAUUCAGACGCCUCAUCUACAAGUGGCACAGGUCUUCAUCCUCCAGGUGGUCCAUUUCCCCAAUUUCUUUUGCAUCAAGCCCUUGACGACGAUAGAAUGGAACUUAAGCUCCACAGACUUCCUUUACCCGCAGGCUGCUUGUCAGAUGAUGGCGAAGAUGAAAUCGAAGAUGAAAUCAAGUCGGAUUCCUCUCCAGAACCUGGGGAUAAAAGGCCAAAGAAGAACCAAUCGGCCAUCAGAAAAAGCCGUAGAAAACCUCACAGUAGAAGUGAUAGAUCAUCCACAGAUGAAGAAGAUGAAAUCAAGUCGGAUUCUUGUUCAGAACCUGUGGAUAAAAGGCCAGAGAAGAACCAAUCAGCCGUCAGAAAAAGCCGUAGAAAACCUCACAGUAGAAAUGAUAGAUCAUCCACAGAUGAAGAAGAUGAAAUCAAGUCGGAUUCUUGUCCAGAACCUGUGGAUAAAAGGCCAAAGAAGAACCAAUCGGCCAUCAGAAAAAGCAGUAGAAAACGUCACAGUAGAAGUGAUAGAUCAUCCACAGAUGAAGAAAACCAGACAUCCUGCGACAAUGUACAGAAGAAGGCAGAGUGUGGUGAACAGUCUGCUGCCAGAAGAAAGCGUAAGGUGAAAGGUAAAAAGAGAUGCAGGGAUAGGAGAGGUCACAAGAAGACAAGGGGUGGCAAAAGUCGUUCGUUGAGUAAUGCUGGUUCAUUACAGGAUCCUGAAUCUAAUCAAGAUUCAACAAAUGAGGAUUGCUUGCAGCAAGGACAGGGUCCAGAGCAAUCUGGAAACAAGGACAGGUUGCCUCCUACAAAUCCAACUCCCAUGUUGAAUGGAAGUACAGAAGAAGAGCCUAUGGAUACUGCCAGCGAUGAAGAUAUGAAUAAAUUAAGAAGACGCCUUGUAAUCAGAAAAGUUCCAGUGGUGUCCAAGAGUGAGACAGACUCUGAUGAAACAUGUAUUGAAGAUGAUGACUUAGAUCCAUCGUCCAGUCAAGCUGGCGGUAUCAAGUCAGAACACCCCAACUCAGAUGAAACCAUGAUUGACAGUAAUGAUGGAGAUGAUCCUGGCCGCACUGAAAAUAUGACAAGCGAUGCAGUGGAUGAGGUAGUCCAUAAUACAACAACUGAGUAUUUUGAUACACAGCCCUUCUCGCCUAUUCUUCAUAACGAAACUGAAGAUUCAUUAAGUGAUGCAGAUGAAGAGUUGCAUACCUCUGAGAUGAUCGUUUCAAGAGAUUCUCCAUCAUACUUGUUGGGGGAUAAGGAACAUGAUGGUAGAGAAGCUGCUGACCUAGAACCUAACUCUCACGUAAGCUGUCAAAGCCCUGAUGAAGAAAUCCAUCAACCUCAAAGGGAUGACGCAGGUUUAGAACCUUCCUCAAGCCACAGAAGUAAUGGUGUCAAUCGGCCAAGUUUGCAAAGAGAGGAUGACUCUCCUGGACAAUAUUUUCCCACAGAUUCCCAGUUAAGUAUUAGUCUCGACAUUGAGGAUACUGAAGAACUUACCACUCUUGAAGAUGAUUCUCAAGAUCAGUAUUUCCCCACAGAUUCCCAGUUAAGUAUUAGCCUCGACGAUGUGGAUACUGAAGAACUUACCACUCUCGAGGACAAAGGACAGUAUUUUCCCACAGAUUCUCAGUUGAGUAUCAACCUGGAGAAUGAAGACACUAUGUCCAUUCCUUCCAAAGCCCACUCAACCAGAGGAGCUUCAAAGAACCUUGAUAAGGACUCUGGAAAGAAACUUCUUCCUUGCCAACGAAAUGCAUGGUGUCCCUCAGAGUUGGAUCCACAAGAAAGAUUCUUGUUGCUACAAGAGGGAGAUUCAGGACAUGUGUCUUCUUUCUCGCAAGAAACUCUAUUUACGCCUUCCUCUCCCGGUGAGGCCCCAAGCACAUCUACAGCAGCACCUGGCUACUUACUUGCAACUUCAAAUGAACAACAUAUACCUAAAAAGAAUAAAAACUUCCAAAGACCCUCAAGAGCGGAUAAAUUACUGACAACUAUGAAAGAAAGUGAUCAACAAAAGGAGAAGAAUGAUACCAAGAGGACCGACUCUCUACAGGACAUUCCUGACACUCCAUCUAAUACACUCAGCUUAAGUUCCAAGGAACCUUCAGAAAGCCCUUCUACAUCCAUGAUCCGUUCCGUGCAGGAUUGCCUCCAGCAACCUGCAUCUUUGAACUCAAAUGAGAUGGGUUUGGAGGAUAGACUACCUGCAGAUUCAAGAAGUUUGUCACAUGGUCAUUCAUCAAUUCCAAGUGUUUCCUUUCCUUCAACAAGUUCGUACUCCAGUAACAUCUCUGAAUCCUCAAGGACUCUUAACGGUGGUCAUUCUGCCUCUUCAGGCACCUCUGAAACACCCAGUACCAAACCAGACAGGUUAAAACCUACUGGAGAUGAUAGAUCUGCUUGUCCAAGUGACCCUCCAGACCCAUCAUUGGUGGCAUCGGACAUGAGCAAACCUCUAAAGAAGAGACGCCACUCGCAGACAUCAAGUGUUCCGUCAGGAAACCAAGGGACAGAACCUUCCAAGGUUAAUCAGAUCACCAAGGAAUUCAAGCAAGAGGAUGUCUUAUCGUGUGUACUCUCAUGGAAUGCUGACUGGUUUGACAAGCACAAAGAAGUACAUCCUGCAGAGAUUUUGCAAUCUUUCUUGACGGGUAAGGAAGUACCAAAACACCAUGCAUGCUACCCAGACAUUAGGAGCUAUCAAGAGGCAUUUCUUUGCUUUUUACUCCUGGAGAUGUGGUCAAACGUUUCGAGCUCUGUGGCUAAAGAUUGUGAUAGGACAUGGAGGCAGAGCUCUGGAGUGAACAAUAUCUCAGGGGACAUCGUUGAAGUGCAAUAUGAAGCAGCUGAUAAUCCAACAGAACCUCACGACCUGAGUGUUGGAGACCUGGUCCUCGUUGACAUGACGACUGACACUGCUUCAGAGAAACAGUUCAAUUUCGGACUAGUCCGUGAGAUUGGAUUGUCAGAUAGGACCAUAUGUCUAGCCCUUCACAAGAGCAUAAUUGUACCCAGCUCAACGAGACUGAAGGUUGUAACAUCACUCAGUCAUUACCUGAAUCAGAUUAGAGCGUUGCUGUCUAUUAACAGCCAUCCUCUCGCAAAGCACAUCAUAAAUCCAGAGGACUCCCCCGUGUUUGCAAAGGACACACAGGUACGCACGGAAGGAAGAGUAUCUGACGAUGAGUUGCUAAACUCCUACAUGGAAUCCAUUACAAGUCACGCAUCCCGAUCAGAAGUGAUUCGACUAAUGGAUGGGGCAGCGGGAACGGGAAAAACUGGAUUCUUGUGUCGACUCAUUCAACGGAUCACAAGAGUACAUAAGGAGGUUCCUAAGACUUUCAAAAACCCUUACAAACUGCUGGUCUGUGCCCCAACCAACCAGUCGUUAGAUGUCUUGCUGAGGAAGAUAUGGGAUGCUCUGAUGAAGAAGAUGGAUAAUGCACCGACAGGCAGUGGAAGAGAUGCGAUGAAACACAUCGUAGAUGGCGUAAAAAUCAUACGUGUUGAUAAAGCUGAGGAAGCCGAUCGUCGUCUCACACAGUUUCUUCUCUCCACUGUAAUGGCGAGUAAGAGAAAUCAAGGAUCACCCUAUGACCAGCUGUCUGAAGAUGACCUUCAAACUAGAUUACUGCAGGAAGCUGAUAUUGUGGGGUGCACGCUUGAAGAUUGUGGAUUAGAGAUCGUAAGAAGCAGCUUGGCAGGAAAUGUGUUUGCACUCUUUGUGGAUGAUGCCAGCCAUUGUUUGGAAACUGAAAUUCUCCUUGCCCUGCAGUGUAAAACUAAGCGUGUCUUCUUGGCAGGCGAUCAAGAACAGGGCAUUGUUAGCAUUCGCUCAAAGGGGGCCCAAGAUCUUGACUUCGGUCAUUCCAUGCUAGACAGGCUGGCUGAGAAUUUUGAGAUAGAGGACAGACGUAUCCACAGAUGGGAGGUUCAAUACCGCAUGAAGGAAGAAAUUGCAAAAUAUCCAUCCUCUGUUAUGUACUUACACAGACUCAAGACUCGGGUUAAUCACCCGCCCUUCUGUCUUCAUCCAUAUAUCAUCUUUGACGUGGCUGAUGGGAAAGAAUCUUUGCAGAGAGAUUCAGUUGUCAACACCUCUGAGGUUUCAUUCAUCGAGGUCCUGGUUUCAGGCUUCCUUAAACUAAAAGAUAGCUUCACCGUAGGUAUAAUCACCCCCUCUGAAGGACAAAAGGGAAAACUUCUAGAAAGAUUGCAAGGGAAGAACAUUCCUGGCCUGGUUAUUGGAACCCCUACAAAUUUCUACGGCUUGGAGAAACAUGUCAUCAUUCUGUGUUGCACCAGCACCUCCAGGACACCUAAUGAGAAUGGAUUUGUGAUGAACAAACAGGUCUUAAAUCUAGCUUUGACUCGAUCCAAGUAUAGCCUCAUCAUCGUUGGCAACAUGAAGAGUUUACAGAAGAUGAGCAACAACUGGAAAUUCUUGGUAGAUGAUGCUACCGGCAGACAGCUUGUCUUUAGGACUUCGCAAGCUUCCUACAGUCAAGAUGCCAAGAACUGUCAAAAGGAAACAAUACCUUCAAAGCCAAGUGCAUCUAGUAGUCGACCAGAGAUGCCUCUGAGAAAUGUGUCUGAAGGAAGAACUCCUCCUGGACAACAGCAGAGAGGGGUACAAGAUGGAAAUUCUAGGAGAAGUGAGGACAGUUACCGCCACAGACACAACCCAUGGCCGCAGGAUAAUCCUGCACAUGGCAGUGGUCGGGAUCCGAUGGAGGCAGAUGCUGUGAUGCCUGCAGGGGCCAACUAUUUACCUCCAGGAGUGGACCCAGGUAGCAGAUCAUCUCAGGCACUUAGCAACGAAGGCAACGCCUCCAUUUUCGUAGAAGAACAGCACAUGCCUUAUGCUCCAAGAAAUAUCUCACAGAGCCAAAGAGAGUCAACUUCGAGCAAUAGGGUGGAGGAGAACAGACCUUCAAGACAUAAACAUGUAUCUGGCUAUGCUGGAAUAAAUAACGGGGGCAAGAAGCGAGUGCACUUUGAUACAGGAACAGAGGAUCAUGGGAGAGCAGCAAAGGUCCCAAGGUCAGGCAACUACGACCAAGGUGCGUCCUCUAGUGUGAAGUCAUUUGGUGGACGUAGACAUUCUUUUCCGUCAUCAAGAGACUCUGCUCAACCUCGAAGCAUACUGAAGAAGCCUGACGGAAACGUAGCAUCAACAAGUCAUCACAACCUAAGGAGCCACAGUCCAUCAAUUGCAAGUACAGCCCCAGGCAUAUCUGUCAGCAGCAGUAGUACCCCGAUUCCUCAAAGACAGAGGAGGAAUAGCUCGGGUCUUGAUGCCAGCCUUGACACAGAGGAUGGGAAGAGUUUACGUGAAAUUGCUACAGGAAUGAGGGCCAAUGAGAGGCUUCCCAGGCAGCAGAAGGGUCAAGUUAUAGCAGGUCAUACUGUUGGCAAGCGAAAACCCCAGAGUUCAAAGAGAACGGAAACCAUUGAGCAUAGUGGGAGAGAAAGGAGACCAUCUGGUGAAGCCACCAGUGCUGGAACUUCUCAACGUCGGAACAGUUCAAAUGGAAAUGAAGCGGGACAAAAUCAGAGCCGUGACCAUCAGCAGCAGGAAGGUGGGUCAGAUCAGCGACCUCGACGUCAAAGCUGUCAACAACAAGUGAGUCCAGACAGACAGGAUCAUGGAAGGAGUGUAAGGAGAUCAUCUGGUGAAGUCACUGGUGCUCGAACUUCUCUACGUCAGAAUGGUUCAAAUGGAAAUGAAAUUAGACAAAAUCAGGGCCGUGGCCCUGCGUUGCAAAACAGUUCAGAUCAAAGACCUCAACGUCAGUGCCGUCAACCACAACCUUAUAUAGGAAUACAGGUUCUGCGUAGGGCUUCCUUGAACCAACUUGCCCACAACCCAGUACAGCAUGAUCGAAACAUGCUCCAUAACAGGAUAGUUAAUGAGGCAUAUGGGGGUCGUUCUACUGCCCUGACUGAGCCUCGGCCAAAUUUGAGGAGGGGGAAACGCUAAUAAUAAUACAGGGUAUUAACAUUUAUAAAGUUCCAUUUAUCCAUUGUACGAAAUGCUCUAUGCACUGGUCAUUCAUGUACAUAAAAAACAUUGUUAAAUGAUUGAAAUUGUGUGUGUGUAAUUGGGGUUUUACAGAUGUGUAUCAAUCAGAUAUGAUUAUUUACAUCUGUGGACCAACCUUUAACGUUACAGUCCGAAAGACGGGACUCAGUUUCUAACCUGCGUCCUCGGCUGAAUCAGUUUUGUCACUUCCAUUGUUAGCUGGAUUACAGGCGCAUGCCCCAACGCCCCGUUGUUUUGAACAACUUAUGUUUUAAUAGGCAAGAUUUCAAAGGGUUAACAGAUGAUACAUGUACUGUACAUGUAUGUUUUCCGUUCAAAACGUUUGAUUCAGCAAGUACUAAUGACCAAUCCCUGUGGGUUUCUAUAGUAUUUGGUACUUGUACAAGAAGUAGAGAAGAGUUAGAAGACCUUGGCAGUCUGGGAGGAUGGUGGAAAAUGAACAAAGUAGAAUUGUACUUGAAAGGGACUGAACUGGUGAACUUGCACAGCAUCAUCUCAUGGCCAACUUGUAAACAGGUUGUAACCCACUGUGCAGUGUCUGGUGCAGCAGCACGGUAUCCCUUUAAAUUUGUUGACUAUAUAUGUUAACAACAGAUUCACAAAACUUGCUGAUUUAAACGGCUAUAAAAUGGCGCUAUAAAUCAGGAGAUUUUCAACGACAGAAUAGCAAUCUAUUGGUAUCCUUGAAAAGUGUCAAAUGCAUCAGUUGUCCAAAAGGUCGAGAAAAUAGUGAGAGCUAGCUAGUCAGUAGAAUCCUUAUUCGGGUCACUGUAAUUCCUACCAAUUUCAGAUACUGUGUGGUUUCAUUCUCAGAAUUCUUAUGCCAGCUUGCCUGUAUUCCUGUCAUUCACUUUUAUUGGAGGUUAUUCCUUUAGGUAAUGUAUUACACAAGCCUUUCCAUAAGUCAAAGCAGACCAGGAGCCAAAUAUCUCAAAGUCCAGGACCAGGACCCAUUUCCAAAAUUAGUGAAAAUAUAUAAUCUUCUAGAUUGUCAACCGUCAUCUUUUAUUUAUUCAUUAGUCUGUCAGCACACUAUAAAGUACACACUGCACAGCAGUGGUAGCAGUUUGAGAUGUAUAAACAAACCACAGACAGAGACAAAAACAACAUGCAAAACUAAAGUGCAUGAAAUGAAUUAUGUGGGAUAUGUAUACAAUCACAAAAGGAUUUUAGGGUUCUCAUUGUAUUUUUAAGUAAGUUUUUGUCAGAUUUGUGAACAUAAUAGUGCCUGCCAUGUGAAAGUUUCUGAAACAGGAAAUGUUAAUUCUCCCAGACAGGGCUAAAAAAAAA